AUGACGAAGCUCUCGAGUCUGGUGCAUCGUCGAAAAGAUCCGCUUUGUUCCGGAACGCCGUCCGUGUCCUGCGAAGAAAAAGCCAGCAACCGCAGACAGUGGACCGUCGUCGAUGGCAGUGGUCACCUCACAAUGCAGCCGCCCAUUUUUAGCCACGGCAAGGGGGCAAUCUCCGGAAGACAGCAAGCCCCCCAGAAGCCAACAUCGUGUUCGCAGGCGCCACCAUGGGGGCUCCAGAAUCCAGAUGCUCCACGCCCACGGCUGUGGCGAGACGGACCUCUCGCCGAUGCCCGUGCUGCUGUCGAAACAGUCCAAGUUCAAGUCUUGCGUGGCCCUCCUGCGACUUGA